UUGAUGGGAGGCAUCGGGAUUAUCCACCAUAACUGUACCCCAGAGUUUCAAGCCAAUGAAGUCCGGAAAGUGAAGAAGUUUGAACAAGGCUUUAUUACUGAUCCUGUGGUUAUGAGCCCAAAUCACACAGUGGGUGACGUCUUUGAAGCGAAGACCCGUCAUGGAUUUUCAGGUAUUCCAGUAACUGAAACUGGAAAGAUGGGGAGCAAGCUGGUUGGCAUUGUCACAUCAAGGGACAUCGACUUCUUGACAGAAAAAGACUACAUCACCUAUCUGAGUGAGGUUAUGACCAAGCGAGAGGAUCUGGUUGUUGCUCCUGCAGGUGUAACUCUUAAAGAAGCCAAUGAAAUUCUACAGCGCAGUAAGAAAG